AUUACAACCAUGAUUUUCCCUCUUAUGAUCGCGUUAAUUAGCACGCGAUUAGUUAAUGCUCAAGACAAUGAUCAACACACCUCUACAUCUUCAAAUUUUCAACCAAGCCUAUUUGUAGUAAUCGGAGUACUUUCCUUCAUGUUUUCCUUAACAUUAAUCUUACUAAUUUAUGCGAAAUUCUUCCAUAGUCCACCAUCAGCAAUCCAUAGUAUUAGCCGCAAUGGAAACACCCAACAAGGCGGUAUGUUUGGCACCAAUACAAGGUUCUCAGGGAUUGAUAGAGAAGUGGUGGAUUCCCUUCCUUUCUUUAGGUUCGCGUCUCUUAAAGGAUCGAAACAAGGUCUACAAUGCGCUGUCUGCUUAGCAGAAUUCGAAGACAUUGAAAUCCUGAGACUACUACCUAAAUGUAAACAUGGGUUUCACAUAGAGUGUGUAGACUUAUGGCUUGAGCAUCACUCAACAUGCCCUUUAUGUAGGCAAAGAGUAACAGUUGAUGAUCUUACGACUAUUACAAACUCGUCGAGGAUGAUGAGCAUGAGGUUCAUUAUUGCAGGGCAGAAUAAACCUGCAGAUGAUACAGGGGAGGCAGGGGCAUCAUCAAGUUUCGAGCUUUUCUUAGAGCGCGAAACUGAUGGUCAAAGCUCAGCUUCAAUGUUUAGUAUAGGAGGAAGUUUUAGGAGAAUUCAUAGUGCAAGAAAAGAAGAAGAAGAAGAAGAAGAAGAAAUGCAUUUGAAAUUAGUACAAGAAAGUAAUAAAGAAAAUAUUGGUCUAGGAAAAGUUUUGCAUAGGCUAAAUCAUCAGAUUGUUGUAUCAGAUAUCGUGUUCAAGAAUCGUUGGAGUGAUGUUAGCUCUUCAGAUUUGAUGUUGUUAAACUCAGAAAUGCUCGGCGUAAUGUCAAGCAAUAGAUUUCCUUCCUCCAACUUGUUGAGCUACCAAAGUGGCGAACAUGAUCAGUGUAAGAUCAUCAACUUAAGGGAAGAAAUGGACAAGAAAUGUAAAUUUGAUCAUAAACUUGGUCAACUUCAGAGGUCUAAUUCAAAUCCUAGAUCGAAAAACGACAUGGGUUUCGAACAUUCAAGUGACACGAACACGAACACGAAUUUGAAUCCUCCACGACGAAGUAGUUUGAUCCCAGCUGAUAAGAGGGCAAUGUCAGAGAUCACUGCAUUUUCGAGGUUUAAGGAUUUGAUGAGCAUGAAGAAUAAGCUAAGACAAUGCUUAGCAAAUUCAGAGAUUAAUAAUAAUGAUGAUGAUGAUGAUUAUGUUAGGGAAGACAUAAUUAAUAGAAGAAAAAAAUGGUUUCCCAUUGCUAAAAAAACAGUUCAAUGGUUUGCUAAUAGAGAAAAAAACAGGUCUCAGCAACAGCACUUUCAGGAUAGUCAGACAUUGGAUGUAUAGUUUUUUUUUUUUUUUUAUCCAAAUUAUUAAAUAUAGAUAUCUUCAAAGAAAUACAAACUUUUUGUCAUAUCAAAAUACUCUUCUCUUUACACUAUGUUUUCCUCUUUUUAGUUUUUCUUUUUGGAAUGUGUACAUAUUACAGGAAAUUCUAGUGAUAUUUUUGUACAAAUAAUAUGUCCCUUUAUUUAUAAUUAUAAC